GUCCAAAGCACAGAUCCAUUGAUGUCUCGAGCAACCCCAAGCUGGCGAGAGUCGUUGCGACGGUGGCGCCUUCCACGCGGGGUGUUGCUGCUUGUGAUGAUGAUUCUUCUUACCAGCAGCGUCCUCCAUCUAGCAGGCGCUUUGGAUGAAGGCACGCCGGCCAACCGUCGUGCAAAAAAGUCGUCGUGGGACGUGGCGACGGCGAAACUCAUGUCCACAGCAAAGAAGAGCUUGGCCGCCGUUUCCACGGGCUGGGAAUGGCUGGGGUACGUGAGUGGGUUUGGCGAGCAGUGCAGCUUUGUGAACCAACCCUCCUCGGCCGUGCGAAAACAUUUGACGACGCAUCUGAAAGCGCAAGACCAUGCCAUCCAUGCGAUCGUGGCAGCGAUCGAAGCAUGGGAGUUUUCGCGUACGAAUGCCAAAGAUCACGCCCCACUCGUGCUGGCCAUCACGGGGCCCACGGGCACGGGCAAGACGGAAACGUCCCACUUGCUCGCGGAAGCGCUGUUCAAGUGGACCAAGCGGCUCGACCAUAGCGACAAAGUCACGCCGUCCGGUCUGCUUGUGUUUCGCGGCGAAGAUUUCAGCGACAACUAUACCAACCCAGUGACCCAGUACCAAGAACAAAUCAAGUCGAGGUACGUGCAGAUGACCUGUGCACAUCUAUCCACGUGGCGUCGAUGUCGAAUCGUUGAGCUGGGUGGCCUGAUGAUGGCGCGCAUUAGACUAACCGAGCACCUCUACCGCUGUUCCGGCAAAGCGUUGGUCGUGUUCGACGAAGUGCAAAAGGUGAUUCCGCAUACUCUGGACGUGCUGACAACCGCCAUGAGCUCGAACGCCCAUUUGAUGUACUACCGCAACGGCGGCGAGCGCCGCGUCGACACGUCCAACGUGAUCUUUGUUCUCAUUUCGGACAUUGGUGUUGCCAAGAUGGAGCAGCUUUUGAUCCAGUACAAACACCGCCGCGACGUGCCCGUCACCAAGCUCGAGAACGACGUGCGGCGCGCGCUGGACGCGCAGUGGGCGCGGCUCCAGUUUGGCAAGAUGGUGCGGCAAGUCGUUCCGUUUCUCCCGUUCGAGCCGCACCACAUCGUGCAAGUGAUCCAGGCCAAGCUCGACCAACUGAGCCGCCACUACGAAGGCGUGUACUGGAAGUCGCUCGCGUUCGACUCGGGUUUGGCCGCGCACCUGUCGACGCUCGAAUCGAUGCUGUACAUGGAGCGGCGCGCGAUCGUGCACGACGUCGAAGUCCGCAAAGUGUUUGCCAAGUAUGGCGCACGGAAUGUCGAGAGCGGCCCGAUGCAGCAGCUCAAGGCCAAGUUGAUGCGCCAUGCGCGGCCAUGGAACCCAGGUGCGUGAAGGUGCGGCAUCGGUGGCGCGACUGAUGGCGCGGUCGUUGCAGAGGCACAGUUUACCGUGCGCCUGCUGGCCGACAGCCGCACCAUCGACAUUGUGUCGUGCGUGGAAGAGAGAACGACGGGCCAGCUUCCCGAUACGACGACGAUGGGCGACGGGAGCGCGGCCGACGUUAUCACCCUCGCAUGCGUGUCGAGGUGGCAAGGUGUAUUCACAUAAUGAUGCGACGAGCGGCGCCAGUCGUCGAUUGUGCAAAUACGAUAUCGUGUCGUGGUGGGUUUUGUUUGUGGAUCGAGCGCGACGUCGGAUGCAGGGUCGCGCUGUGGCCGCGAUGGACAGGUGUCGAGAUGGCGAGUGCCAUCAAACAGUCGUCGCCCGUGCACUGGGGCAGUCGUGGUGUCGGAGUAUGACCAGGUCGGGAGGUGGUGUGUGUUGCCAACAACGUCCUUGGCGGCGUCGUGGGCCAUCCG